GGAUUGCCAUACAUGUGUGCUAUAAGGAUAAAAGCAAAACAAACCAAGAAAUGAAUUUUGGUUCCCACAUAAUAUUAACUCGGAUCUUCCACAGCUCAGUAAUUUGUAAAAAAACUUCAACCCAGGCAAAAUUCUUGGCAAAAAUAAUGGGAGGUCAAAAAAAAAAAAAAGAACAUCACUAUUUCAUUGAAAACCGAUCAACGUCUUUUCUGCCAGAAUUCUUGGAAAAAAAUUCUGGUGGAAAUACUAAGAUGAUAAAUCGCAGAGUCGAUAUUUUAAACUCUGUGUUUUUGGAGAGGAUUAGUGAUCUACUACUAUCAGCCAAACAAGAUCAUGGUUCAACCAGUGUACACCAAAAUGGCUUUCUGGUGACAAAGGUAAAAUACCAAAGUGAUGGCUCAGCACUUCAUGUAUAUUGGCAGGCAGAUACAGAUUAUGUCUCAGUGGAGAAAAAGCUACCACAAAUGGGGGGUUGGUUAAGACAUGAACUUUCUCAGCUCCAGAAUGGACGAGUUCCCCACAUAAACUUUAUAUAUGAUACGAGUAAUUAUAAAGCUACCGACGUGGAAGAUCUCUUAAAAAUUGCGGAUUUUGGACCCGACCAUAUUUCACAUCUCACCAGUGUAGGAGAAACGUUUGUCUCAACAAACAGGAACGAAACGAAAACGAAGGAGAAGCUCGCAAAAAGCUGUAAUGUGCUCGGCGUUGAUCGAAAUGCCAUAAUCAACCAAGUAUCGAGAUCGAUUAAUCAUGUUCCCAAAGUUACGUCAGUUAAACACCAAGCUACCAACAGCUACUCGUUUGACAGUCAACGUCGGGUGGAUUUCAAAAAAUACCUUCGGGAUCAGGAAAUUUUGAAAGCUAGAAUGGAAAAGAGACAAUUGAGGUCGAUGACAGAGAACAUAGACCUGGCCAGCUUAGCUAGAAACACAAGCAAUCCUUUUAUCGACGAUGUGUCCGAAGAAGAUGACUACGUCGAAGAUGAAAAUUACGAUGAGGAGUGUUCAAAGUAGGAUUGUACAAUUGAUAACAGUAUGAUUUAUUGUUCACAAAUAUGCGCAUUACAAUGGUGAUUUUGUUCUGAAAUUUAUGAAGUAUCAUUUCACAAUAGUGACGCAUGCUUUCUUAAUGGCCAAGUUCACUCUGUUCAUGCAAUGUAACACAACCUCUCUCGUUAGUUUUGAGGAAUGUAUAGGAUAACAGCCAUAUUUACUGCAUCCCUCACCCAAAGCAUGUUACGAUAGAAAAACGAACUUCCCCAAAAUAUAUGUUGAGAUCCACGUUAA